AUGAGAAUUGGUAGCCUUCUCAACGAUGGGCCCCCCUCGCCGACGGGCAUCACUGCUCCCGCCACAGAUUCUGCCACGCCUCACCCUCCAUCGACCACCACUUCUUCCUCCUCCUCCUCCCACCAAACUGGUGCUAGGAAUCCCGAGCCACGUCGGCUCGUGGGUCAAGCCACUGGCCUUAUUAAGGAGCCUCUCGUCCACCAUGGUAACGGUACAACAUCGAUACCAUCUUCGACGUCCUCGCCUGUGCCAGCUUCGUCCUCAAACCCCCACAUGAUGUCGAACCUGCCGUAUUCGCCAUACCAACAGGCUCCGACUGUGUAUCGUGAGCACACUGCGUCUUCCCGAAGUCCGUACAGUGAACCUUCCAUCGCCGCUUCGACGGCGGCUGCUGGCUCACUGGAGAAAUCCAUGCUGCAGCAACACCAGCCCAACAGUACGUGGUUCGGGGGAAAGGCUAUUGCGAGUGGUGGUGGUACGACUUCAGCAGCCCCGACCUUUCUUGGCCAUGGCAACAGAGACCAGCAACAACCACAGCAACAACAACAGCAGCAACAACAGCAUCAGCAACAACAGCAUCAGCAUCAGCAUCAGCAACAACAGCAUCAGCAUCAGCAACAACACCACCAGCAGCAACAGUCACUGCCUCGUCAACAGCAACAGAGGGCAUUGCCGCCCUUCACAUCUUUCGUAAACAUGCAGCAACAACAGCCGGCAAUGCCGGUCGAAGGCUCGAUAUCUCCACGGUCAACUGCUCACCAACCACCCCAUGGUGGCCAGGGAACUGGUGGAGCCGGAAGCACGAGUUACUUCCCCAGCACCUCGUACGCGCCGCAAUACGCUCAAUCGAGACCCAGGUCGUAUGGUCAGCCUCAAUAUCAACCACAACACCAACCCCCGAUACAUGCGUACGCACCACCAACCGGCCAGUCCUCCGGGAGUGGCGGUGGGACCGCCGAUCCAUUGAUGCGGUUUGCCGAUGUAGCGAUGGAGAAUGCUACGCUUGGAGGUCGUCGGAGCCUCGAGGAGGUACUGGCAGUGGAGGUGCUCACGGGGCGGGGUGUAGUUGGGGGAUGCAUUGAUGAGGGACGGAAGCAACGGGGUGGAAGGAAUUCCAGCAUCAAUAUAGAUCCGGCAUUGAGGAUGGCUACCACUCAAGAGGCACGCACUUCAUCAAUGGCAACGCAGACAGUAGAUGAUGCACCGCUGUUCCGUCCAUCGCCGGAGCCCUCAACGCCCACCGGCUCAUCAUCGUCCGGAACAAUCGUUGAAGCCCCCACACUGGCCAAUAGACCGCCAGCAGUUGGCGGUAGUAGUUCGUCAGCCACCCACGAGUUCCUGAACGAAGAGCCAAAAUGCUCUUACUGCGCCGGCUGCAUGACGGAAUCCCCGCUCCGAAAAGUGGUCUCUCACAUUUUCGGCCGGAACAAACUCUCGACGCGGCAAAUCCCCAAGAACGUGUGGGUCUACUACUGCCGAAAACAUUACCAACGAUCACGAUACCGGAACCCUCGGGGCUUCGCCAGACAACAAGUACAGCUGGUCCGACGGCAGUGUGAGCGGCUGGAGCAGUGGGGCGGCGUCAGACAGUGGGUGAUCAAGGUCCGUCGACGGGAGGAGCUGAGGAUGAACCGGGAGGGUGACAACGCAGAGGAUAUCGACGACGUCGAGGAUAUCGAGGGUGAUGAUGGUGCCGCGGUGGUGGUGGACGACGAGAUGGACGGCAACAGCGAGCUCGUGGUCAGCGGCGAGAGCAGCCGACGCUCCUCGACCGCCACACCUACACGACGAAGAAGCUCCGCCGGUGGUGGCUCGAACUGGCUCAUGAAGUACACUGGCCCCGAGAGGACGAUCGAAGACGUCUAUAAGCUCUUGGAUAAAAUCGAAGUCGAGGUGCAGCAGAACGGCGGGAAGUUCCCCGACGUCGAAUUACUGCCGAACGUGGACUUGGCACUGGCGGUAUCGAUAGGCGUCAAAAAUAAGCCACACUCGGACGGGGACACUGGCGACGAUGAUGGCGGGCAGGACGCGGCGGGUGGCCAGAGUGGUGGGUCACCCAGGUCCCGGAAGAGACAUCGUGCACCUACCGAUGGCGGCACUCGCGACAGCAACAGCGGUAUGGCCAGCAAAAAGGCCCGAGGAUCGGACAAGCGAGGGGGAGCAGCAGACAAGGAACGAGCUUCGGAUGCCGAUUCGAACUAUUCCAUCAGUCCCCGAACCCGCACGCCCACAUCCAUGGAUCCCUUCACCCAACACGGCUACGACCGCUCUUUCAGCAGCAGUAACGAAUACCAAUCGCCCCCUCUGCUAGGAGAUACCAGCCACUCACCCUCGUCCGACGAUAGUCACGGCUCCUCGUCCUGGGGUGGGAGAAACGCAAAUAGCCCCCCAUUCCCACACCAGUAUCACCACCACCAUCACCAACGCGGCGAAUACAUAAUGCGCUCAUUGGCGUCCCCCCAUCAACAGCCGUCCACAUCGAGUGGACCGCAACAAUUGGACCUAAGGACGUUUGGAGGAUCGCUGACGGCCGUUUGA